GAAAACUCGGCGCCGUGGCCAGUGAGAGUAAGACGUCUUGGCGAACGCGCGCGAAAGUUACAUUUGAACCCGCGCCAUUACAAACGUCAUCCCGACUUAUAUUUAUUUUUAAAACAGGAUAAACUAAAGGUGGACUAGUAAAAUAUUUGUGGAUUUUUCAUUUUUUUUUUUAAUCAAGUGAAUUUAAUUUUCCUAGUGGGGUGACAGUGCAUGUGUUAGUGACUUUCGCCGCCUAUUUGUGUAGGAUACAAUGAUGUUCACACGUAAUAUAAAGUUAUGGCUGUGCGUGGCUUGUCUGGCGUCUUCACUGGCAGCCCCAGCUCCGUCACAGGGCCCCCAACUGUACCUGGACAUUAUCGACAUGGCCGCCAUCAGCAGGAUGUCACCACAACAACUCGAAGCCCUGGCAGAGGGUCUAGCAGCUGAAGAAAUUAUGAGGACAAAACGGUCGUCAGCCCAAGCGCUAACGUCAGUGGUGUCUAAAGCAUCAUCAGGGAUUCAAAGUAAAGUGGGACUACUGGGCCAAGCGUCUGCCUUCAUCGCGUCAGCCUCCAGUAAGAGCGGAGGCCACGGGGAAGAGGGCCACGGAUACAAUUACGAACCGCAUCAAGAAGACGAGAAGUACGACUACUGGGGUCUGAAGAAAUCUAUCCUGUACACUCUGUUCCAAGCUGUUAAAGCUAUAACUGGUGGAGUGACGAUACUGAAGGGCCAGCUCAUCAAGGGAGGCGGAGCGCUCGCUGCCACGCUGGGCAAGGUGAUCUCCAGCAAGGGAGACGCCGUCAGCAACCUCGGCAAGAAGAUUGUCAGUUCCGCAGCCCUUAGUCACAAGAAACCACAUUCGACUGCAGUAUACGGGCCCCCGCCGACCACACACUUGGAAUACGGGCCCCCGACCGCGUAUGGCACGCCCACUGCACCAGCGCACUUUACCGCCCCUUCAGUGCCCACUGGAUACGCAGCACACAAAUAUCCUUCGCAACUAGACGGCCGGGGUAAACUGAACGGCGUCCACGCCGGCCUCGUCAUACUGACCCCGCUGGGCGACGUAGCGCCGAGCGAGACUCUGGACACUGCGCACACCGAGCACUCCGGCCACACUGGACACACGCCCCUCGACCCUCCUCCCUCUAUCCUCCACACCGUCUACAGCGCCAUUAAAAACGCGUUCUCAUCCACAGCCUCAACACUUACUGAGCCUUCUUAUGGUGCUCCCUCUUAUGCACCUGCGUACCCAACCUCCUACGCUGAAGACCCAAUAGCUCCAGCCGCGCCAGUCGCAUACCAACCUCCUCCACCUCCACAAUCUUUUCCUACCUUCAAACCAAUGACAUGGGGAGCAGUCAACUCGUACGGCCAGCCCGCCGCCCCGGACACUUAUAUUGAUUAUGACCCGAGAACACCCACUCAUAGUUAUCUCGACUACGCGACACCCAAACGAUCUGUCGCGCCAACAGCCAAAAAGCAGGGCUUAACACCAGAAAAAAUACAAAAAAUUACAACUAACUUGAAAAAAGUAACAGCUUACAUUAACAACCACCAACAAAAAAGAUCAUCGGAAGAGUUCAAACUGACCGAUUUAGAAGCCUAUCGCGAAAUGUUAACAAAGGGCGAGAUACCGUUCCUACCCACACCCGUGGUAUCUGACAACGAGAUUGGCGUGCUCCCCGCGGAAAUACUCGAUCCCCUUCCUUCAGUGGCCACAACCACUAGCACCACCACCACUACCACGAUAUCCACCACAAGCACGACUACAGCAAAGCCACAGACCUCCACAGAACAGACCAGAAGACAAGACGUGAAAUACUAUCUACGAGGCAACAAGAUUGUUCAAGUGCGAUAACAUUGACUCUUGACUGACUGAAGAUAUUCCAGUCCAGCAUACUUUGCUCAAUGCUGAGGAGCUGCAGCACUAUUACCAUCACUAAUCCAUACAUUCUUUGAAACUAUUUGGUGAUAAUGUCCUAAUUUUUGUCUUAUUUUUAUAAAUAACUCAUAUUUUCUAAGCCAAAAGUUCUCUUAGCUGAAUUGCAAUAGGUUUUGAAGCCAGACUUAUAUUGUAAAUUGUACACAAAUGCUCAAAAUGUGGUACAUUAUUCUACUAUUCAAAUUAUGCACAAGUUUAGCUAGUGAUGGUGAUGUUAGUUAUAAGUAAGUCUACCGUGAAAUACCAAAAAUUGUAUUAAAAAACAAAAAGACUCCGAGUGAAAUUCAAAUAAAAAAAUAAUAGAGAGAUAAUACCUACGUUAUAACACACUGAGUUACACCAGCAGAUGUCGAUCGUGAGUACUACAGCAUUUGGUAGAUCGAAGGACCGCUGAUGGAAAGGACAUUGAUGGAUUUUGUAACUUGAUAUAUUGAAUUGAUGUUCCUGAAUAUGUGCCCAGUGCAAUCGUGCGUUAUUUAUUCUAAUGUGUGUUAGAGUACCUACCAGAAAGACAGCGACCAGGAUUUUAUUCCUACGUAUAAAAAUAAUCGACUCGAAAAUGUAUCCAUUAAAGUUAAACGAAUGCCUCUAAUUGUUAUCAAAAAUAGAUGUAUGUUAAGAGAUGCUGUCUUUAAGUUAAUUUGCUCAAAUGUCUUAAAUUUAAUUAGAUAUAAUUAUGCGAUUCGCAGUAUUAGAUAAAAUACACAAUUCGAAACCAUGUAAAGUACAUAUUUGUGCCUUCAAUCAUCACAAUGUACCUUAUUUAUUAAGCUGCUUGUUAGAAGAAUUGGUGUUACAUAUAAGUAUAUAGGGAAAUUAAAAUGUAUUCUGUAAAUAAUGCUCAGAUAAAUACCUAAUACUUAGAUGCUAUUUAUAUUUUAUGUAAAAUAUUAAUAAUAAUUUCUUUUUUGUAAAUAAACGACGAAUGGUGUGUGAAA